GAAGAUCUACAUGGAAGAAUUGACCAAAACAGCAUCAUUAUUAUCUUCAAACAAAGAUCUACAGAAAACUAUGAAUGAAGCUCUUGCUUACAGCAUGUAGAAAAGGGACAAAACAGACUUUUUAACAAUAUAAGGUAGGCAAAAUUACUAAAAAGAAAUGACCAAUCCAACAAUAAUUUUUUCAUUGCUUGCAGAAAUAUUUUAGUCGACAUACAGAGUGACAACCCCUUAAAGUCACUUAUGGAGGUCUUUUUAAAGAUGCUUUGUGGGAUCAACUUCAAUACACAUUGUUUUUUUUUAACAUUAAAACAGAACAAAACUCCAAAAUACAAAUCACAGGAAUUAUUUUUCUCACUUAAAAUCUUGUUUUUUUAUCUUUAUUCCCAUACAUGACAGAUCUUUGGUUUGAGCAGAAGGGAAGCCAUUGGAUUGUUCAAAUUUUUAUGAAAGAACACAAAUAUUUGUGCAAAAUUUGAACUUGUUGGCAAAUAAUACGUUUAAUUUCAUUGAUUUAACUUACAAAUAAUUGAAUACUGCAACAAAAAAUGACAACAUUCAGAAUUAACCCCUUACCUUUUCAAUUUCAGGUUUAGCUGAAGUAGAUCAAAUAAGUUACUUUAUUAAUUAUUACAUUUUAGCAUCUUUGAAAUCACUUUAAAAUACAGAAUUUGGUCGAUUCCGUUAAAAGUUGAUGGCUCCUUCCUUUUUAUUUCUUGUCUAAAAUAUUGCUUACAACAACAACCUUUAUCAUUUUAAGCCCGAGUAAUGAAAUUUGACCCCCGGUGACCCUACACGGAUGCGGCACAAGUCAUUUUGUUGGUAGCCACAAUGCGUGCAGAUAAGAAUCUGGCGUUUGCCACGAACUAUACAUCAAACCAUCCGGACACUAUUAAACCCCGGUGAAAAGGAUGAGAUGGUGUUUAUUGUUAUCUGUUUUCAAAACCCCUCCUUAUAAGGCGGCUUAGGAGAGAGAUUGUGGAAAUCCAUUAAUUCCUCGAAAGAAAAAAAAAAAAAACAACAAGAAAAAAAAGGGACGCACUGCCUUGUAUGAAAUCACAGGAUUUGCUGGGCGGAUGAAUUUAACCUGUAAUAGCUUUACCUCGGCUGUGCACAUUGUCAGAGGAGUCAAAGUGAAAGAGACUGCAGGGCGUAGAUAAGACUGUGAUUGUGAAGACAAACCUCAUCAUUAAAUCAAGGCAAGUGAGCCACACAUCAUCAGGAAUUGUAGCAAACAGUUUUUAUUUUGAUGUAAACCUGAAACAUUUUAACAAAACGCCAAAAGUGAUGACAUGAUAUCCAUUUAAAAGCUACUUCUUAAAUUCAGUUUUGAGCUGCACAAAAAUGUUCAUCUUUAAAUCCAGGUUUCUAAUACCGAGCAAUCCCUCUUCUCUAAAGCCCCAACAAUAAGGAUCUAAGGGGCUCUCCACGUCUCAUUUUAUGCAGUGAAAUCUGAUUUCUUCUGGAGAAAGGAAUGAGGAAAGAUUAACUGAAUCUAGCGUCCUCCCUAACCUCUUCACAAAACUGCCCAGAUUAGCCAGGAAUUAAGUUUCAGUCAUUUUAUGUGUCUGCAAGGGGAUUAUAGUUUUAGGGGUUUUUUUCCCUCUUCUUUCCUAUAAGGGCUUGAAUUGCUGUUGAGGGAAGCGUAGAAAAAGAGAAGGCGCCAAGGCUGAAAUAUCAGAAAGAUUUGUGUCCUGCAAACGGGAAUUUCUUUGAAGAUGGAUGGACUGAUGAGGAUGGAGAGACAAAAGUUUCCCUUCUCCAUUGAAAGCAUCCUGAGCAAAUAUCCUAAUAGUUUAGGGGAGAAGCUGGGAUGUGGAGCGGGGAUUCUUGGACUGAAGGAGAAGUGUCCGUCUGGAGGCCAGGCUGAGGCGGUGUGUCUGUGCUGCUGCUGCUACUGCUCCCACUGUGCAGACAUCCUCCACGCUGAUCUCAUUCAUGAAGCUUGCCCGUACGGAUGGAGUCCAGCGGUGCUCUCGGAGCAGUGCAGGCUGGGGGAAGCUCAAAAGGAGGAGCAGCCGGCGGGUCAGGUGCAGAGGAGAACCAGACGUCACCGCACCAUCUUCACCGAGGAGCAGCUGGACGCCCUGGAGGAGCUGUUUCUGCAGAACCAGUAUCCAGAUGUGAACACCAGGGAGAAGCUGGCACAGCGCGCUCAUCUGAAAGAAGAACGCGUGGAGGUUUGGUUUAAAAACCGAAGAGCAAAGUGGAGACGCCAGAAAAGACUUUCAUUCGUUGAAACCAAUUUGUCUGUUUAAUACUUCCUCCAUCUUUUCUGAUUCUGUUUUUUUCUUAAUAAGGAUAAAUAAGAUAUUUAUUAGACAAAUAGUUCAUUGGGCUUUUACAGCAUCAGUAAAAUACGUGGAUGGAAUGAAUGAAUGUAAAAUCAAGCAUUACUUUAAAAUAAACAUUUUAUUAGCUUCCAUUUUGUGCAGAUAUUAAAUUUUAUUCUUAGCAAAAACUAGUAAAUUUGAAGUUUAUUUUAACGAGUAUACUUGAGUAUAAGUACAGCAAGUAGGGGUGUGUUUUGGCAAGAAUGUGGCGAUACGCAUCGUGAUACGUAUCCUGAUAUAUUCCAAGACAGUACCAGACAAGAUUUGACUAUUUUUUUUAUUAUGAUUUAAGAAUUAUCUGAACAAAAAUAUAUUUGUUGAAAAAGUAAAAUACAUGUUUUUUAAUGAUCCGAACAUUAAGCACUUCAACUGUAAUUAAUGGUCUUUUUCUUUUGGUAAUUUAGGAAAUAUUUAAGUGGAAAACAAAAGUAAGAUCGCCUUGGCAGUGUUUUAAAUCGAUACAAGUAUUACCAAACAAAAUACUGCGAUAUUACAGUGAAUUGAUAUUUUCUUAAGUCCAUUAUAGAAAGGUAUACUAACUGAAUACUCAUUGACAAUAAAUUGGAAAACUUAAAAUUUGCAAUGUUGAUAUUAUGUAAAAGUAAACUUCAAGUAUACUGCCUCACUUCUAGACUAAAAAUACUUGUAGUACUCUUAAGUUGACUACUUUUUACCAAGGGAAUGGACAUUUGAGGGGCUAAAAUUGCAAAUAUUACACUGUUUUUUCAUGAAAAACCACCAAUAUGGAGAAAAAUCCUGCUUUUUUAAUUAAAAGUGCAGAUACUUAAGAUGAAAAACAAACUGGUGGAAAAAAUGUGUUUAUAGUUGAUAUAAAUUUGAUUGAAUUCAGCUAAAUAAUUUGGUAAAUAUGCUUUUAAAAGAAACGGGAAAAAAGUUAAGGCUUUAAGCAGUCUCUCAUGUCACAAUGUCCACGGUCUUAAAGUAUUUUUAAGAAUUGUCUGUCAGGAUUUUACUCUUUUGAUUGAUCCCAGUUUUGUUUGUUUAGGUUCUGUUUUUAGGUUUUCUAUCAUCCCCUUGUUCCAGUUUCUUUUGACAAGAAUCCACAGCUGUCUUCAAGUCGAUCCUCUUCAGUUUAGUGUCUGAUUUUAGUUUUUUUAUGUCAUUUUUUUUACUUGCUUUGUUUUAUGGUCUUGCUCUGCUUGAACGUUUUUGCCAAGAUUGUGGUUAUUAAAUAAACUAUUAUUUUCUGCAA